AUGUUAACAAGUUCGACUCGGUUGUCAGUCGACAAGAAUAACUUCAAGCCGGGCUGUUCUCCCUUUAUGCGAAAACCCACCAAUCCGGCCCAAUUCAUCCGUGCACCAACAGAAACAGCCUGGCUGCCGCCGGGUUCUCUGCUAACGUUACGCUACCAGUCCCAUUCGGAACUGCGAACUGCAUGCCGCGGUCCCUUGGCGGAGGGGUGUCUCUUGUUAGCCACUACCAGGGCUAAGGGCAGCUGCACGGUGGGGGAACGUGGGCUUGACGCCGAGCUGGGGAACGGACCUGGAGGCCGGAGCAACUCCAAGCCCCUUUUGUAA